AUGAAGAACAUUGGAUCCUACAAGUUCAAAGGAGGAUCCGAUCCUAUUGAGCCCGACAAGUGGAUUACUAUGAUGGAGAAGAAUUUUGAAUCCAUGGAGUGCCCGGAGGAGUACAAGAAGAAGAUCAAUGUGUACUACUUGGAAGGUGACGCCACAGGAUGGUGGGACAGCAUAGACAGGCAGCAUGGACACACCAUCACAUCGUGGGAGUCGUUCAAGGGAGAGUUUGAGAGGAAGUAUUUUCCUCCAGAAGCAAAGCAUCGAUUGGAGCACCAGUUCAUGAACCUUGUUCAAGGAGAUAGGCCCCCGGAGCUUGGAAGUCGUUUAGCUGGAAGAAACUUUAGCAGCUUAUCGGAUCUGGUGGAAAAGGCUGUUAAUGUUGAGACUGUAUUGGAGGCUGAAAGGAAGACCUUACCACAUUCUGGUGGACACACCAAGUUUAGCCAAGGAGAAAGGCCAAAUUUCAACAAGGGUCCAAGAUCUUACAAAGGCAAAGGGCGAGGCUUUGGAGGCCAAGCCAACAAUCGUGGUAACACUGUGGUGUGUUACAUAUGUGAUCAACCGGGACACAUUUCUAAGUUAUGUCCCAACAGACAACGGAGUAACCAGCAAGGUUAUUCAUCGCUGAGGAAGGAAGAUGUUACUUGUUUCUUCUGUGGAAGGAAGCGCCACUAUGCAUCGUCAUGUCCAAACAAGCCAAUCCAUGCGACCCCUCUCGCAAUCCGAGCUCCUCCUAGCCGUCCAGCUAUUGAGCCAGCACCAAAGAAGAAAAAUCUAGGAGCAGGAACCAUACAUGUUGCUGGUAAACCCACACAUGUAUUGUUCGACUCGGGGGCAACACAUAGUUUUGUGACCUCUGAAGUAGCUGCCCGGUUUUGGGAUUGUUUUUUGGUUGACAGAAUAGAUGUGGCCGUCUUGACCCCCGCAGACCGAAACCUUCAAGAAAAUCAGUUUAUCAAGAAUGUUCCAUUGGUCAUUCAAGGCAAAGAGUUUGUGGCAGAUCUAUUAGUCGUGCCUUUGAAAGGGUACGAGGUAAUCCUUUGA